GCCGUUAGUGUGAACUUACCGUAAAAUCCGCUGCUUUCGGUUAUCUACAUCGUUGUUUGCUAAAACUGUAAAAUGAAGAUGUUGUGUAAAUACGCAUUAACUACUAUUUUUUAUCAGAAAAGUAGCGGUAAACUACAGUUUAGCCUACGAGUUAAACAACGGUUAACGUUACUGUUCCUUUAAAACCACCGAGAUGGGUUCAUUAUUUGGCAGGAAGUUAGCCGCGGCUAACAGGAAACCGAAUAAUGUGGGCACAUUGAGGUGCAGGAAUUGGCAAAGAGCAACGAGUCCUAAGAUUGCUCUUUACACUCGUUACACCCCCUUGAAAAAGGAGGAACAAGCAGUCUGCCACCUGUGUAUGAAGACGAGUCAGAGGCAGCGAUGUCUUCAGCGGUAGAUCUCAAAACCAAGGAGGAGAAAGAUGCAGAGUUGGACAGACGAAUCGAAGCUCUGAGGAAGAAGAAUGAAGCUCUGGUCAAGCGCUACCAGGAAAUAGAGGAAGACAAGAAGAAGGCGGAGCAGGAGGGCAUCGCCGUAACAACGCCUCGAAAGCCCCGAGCCCACGAGCCGGAGACGGACAGGAGGAAGACGGAGAAAGAAAACUUCACUGUUACAGUCGACCUCUCUAAACCGACGGGGGAGAAGAGAGUCGUGAACGACUGGAAACCCGGAACGCCUCGCGGCCGGAAGACAUCGGAGGAGAGCGAGGGCCACAGAGGGCCGGGCGAGGGCCACAGGGGACCGGGCGAGGGCCACAGGGGACCGGGCGAGGGCCACAGAGGGCCUGGCGAGGGCCAUAGAGGACCGGGCGAGGGCCACAGAGGGCCAAGCGACGGCCACAGCCCCCCCAGAAGGACAGGAUCUGGACGAGUGGGUCGGGGAGGGCAGAGAGGAGGAGGAGGUGGUGAAAGAGGAGGUCGGCAGGAUAGGAGAGACCGAGAACCCAGGACACCCAGAGAUGGAGAACCCGGAGAGCCAGGAGGACAGGGACGUAGAGGAGGAAGGAGAGGAAGAGGAGGAGGAGGAGAAGGAGGAGGAGGAGGGACACCAGGUGGCAUGGACAGAAAAUCCAAGGAAUGGGAGGAGAAAAGGCGACAGAACAUUGAAAAGAUGAAUGAAGAGAUGGAGAGAAUAGCAGAGUAUGAGAGAGGACAGCGGCCGGAUGGAGACAAGCCCAUCCGUAACUUCCUGGACGACCCGAGACGUUCGGGUCCAGCACCAGACAUAGACCGCAAAGAGGGCAGCAGGAGACAUGUACGAAACUGGGGAGGGCUGGACUUCGACAACGUGAAGACAGGAACUGAACUGGAGAAAGAGUGGACUAGUCGGAGGCCUGGUCCUAAAGGCUCCGUGGACAUGACCAUGUCUAUGACCGGCCGGGAGAGAGCAGAAUACCUGCGCUGGAAGAAGGAGCGCGAGCAGAUCGACGAGGAGAGACUAGCACGCCAUCGUAACGCCACCGGACAGUGGAGACGAGAGUGGGACGCACAGAAGACGGAGAACAUGUUCAAGGAGGACCCAUAUGCAGCGGCAGAGGGCAUCACAUCAGAGCAGGGCAGCAGGAGAGACGACAGUAAGCGACCUCCUAAAGCGCCGACAUUCGGCGACUUCCUGUCCCAGGGCAGGACACAGGGGCCCCGAGGGGAAUGGAGCCGAGGAAGAGGAAGAGGACAGAAACAGAGCUACAGCAUGCAUGACAACCGCUGGGAAGGAGAGAAAGAAGAAGAGGAGGAGAAGGAAAAGGGGGACAAGACAAAGAGAGAGGAGAAGACUAAGAAGAAGGAGAAAGAAGAAGAAAAAUCCAAACCUCCCGCCGCACAGAAGGUGGAGGAGAAAGAAGGAGACGGAGAGGAAGACGACGAAGAAUGGGAGGACGCCAGCGAUGGAGAAGAAGUCGACGAAGGAGUGGAGGAAGGGAGCAACGCUUCCGAGGGAGAAAACGACUCCAGGGGCGACGAGAAGAAAGACACCGGGAAAGAGAAACAAGCCACGAGCAAAGACAACUCCCCUACAUCUCCCAAGCCUCGUUCUCGAACAACAUCGGCGGGAAGCCCCAAAGAGCAGCGGACCCCGAGGCCGAAGGUCCACAUCCCCUCCCCGUCGGCGGUUCAGGAGUCACCCGAGGGAGGAAAACCCCUCAGCCCCUUCUCCCCGCUGGACGGACACCAGCCCGUCACAGACUGGGGGGAAGAGAUGGAGAUGCUGUCGCCCCGGAGCAGCAUGGGAGGAGAGAGCCCACUGAAACCCCCCAGCACUGAGGCCAGCCCCUCCCAAAAGAAGGAGCAGCAGAAGGAGAAGGAGGAGGAGACGAAGAGUGAAGCUGCCACCUCCGAUGAACCUGCUGAGCCACAGAAAGAGGAGGAAACAGCCAUAGAGGUUUCCUCGUCUCCAGAAAAGACUAAACCCCAGCAGACUGUGAUCGUGACAGAAGCAGAAGAGUCGGUCCCCACAGACUCCCCGGCUGCACCGCCAUCUGACCCCGCCCCGCCAUCUGACCCCGCACCUCCAUCUGACCCUGCACCUCCAUCUGACCCUGCCCCGCCAUCUGACCCCGCCCCGCCAUCUGACCCCGCCCCGUCAUCUGACCCCACACCACCAUCUGACCCCACACCACCAUCUGACCCCGCCCCCAUCUGA